AGAUGUCAACUGACACUGGGUGGAAAUCGACACCACCCAUUCAGGUUAGGUAACUGACUUUGGUUUCAGAUAAGCAUGUUAAGCAUAAGCAUCUUUGUGUCUCUCUCUUUAUACACAGCAGGAACCACGUGGAGUACAGACAGCUCCACCAGGACCAGUAGCUGGCUGGUUCUGAGGAACCUCACUCCACAGAUUGACGGUUCUACUCUGCGUACACUGUGCAUGCAACAUGGCCCCCUCAUCACAUUCCACCUCAACCUGACGCAGGGCAACGCUGUGGUGCGCUACAGCUCCAAGGAUGAAGCUGCCAAGGCUCAGAAGUCCCUGCACAUGUGCGUGCUCGGGAACACCACUAUCCUAGCAGAGUUUGCUGGGGAAGAGGAAGUGAACCGUUUCUUUGCACAGAGCCAGUCACUUGGCGGAACAACCAGCUGGCAGGCCACUCCAGGCACCAAUCAGACAAGGAUGGGUGGGUCGGGGUCCGGAGCCUCCCAUCCCAUCGGUCACUCACCACACUGGAACAACAACAACAACGGCAGCAGCAGCAGUAGUGGUGGCCUAGGAACAAAGACCGGCGGGGAGUUGCUGUGGGGUGGUGUGCAACAGUAUUCCAGCCUGUGGGGACCCCCAAGUGGAGAGGAGGGACGCGUCAUGGGGAGUCCCACCCAAAUCCAUACGCUGCUGCCUGGGGACCUGCUGAGUGGGGAGUCCAUGUAGGACGGAAGACCCCAGGCUUGACAAACACCAAUAGGAGCAAAAAUCAUUGUGGAGAUAAUCAGUGUGGCUGUAACGGGGACAAGUGGAGACGAGAAGAGGGCGAGGAUACAUCCUCGCUGCUCACCUUCGCCAACCUCCUCUACUCCUUUUUAGUUUUUUGAAGACAUUUCAGUUGCAGUUCUUUUGUGAAUCUCAGUGAGAGAUUUUGGUCACAGUGUUCAACUUUUGCUUUUGGAGACUCAGAAGUCUUUCAUUCAAGGAAAAAGAACUUUUCACAGAAAUGAACUUUUGGGAACGUGCCGUGUGAAACAUGUAGUUUAGUUCAAACUGACACGAUGAGCUGCCAUCUUUAAACUUGCUUAAUCCCUCUCUGCCUUUUCAGGCAAUCAUACUGCACCUCAGAGAUCUAUGAAAAGGCAUCAUUCCCAAAGUAAAACCCUUCAAUCAGAGUGGGUGUCAAACUUUCAGCUGGUCCAGACUCAACAUUUGAUUCUCUCAGCACUAAUAUUAGCCUUAAACUCUUUCCUGCCCUGCUAUCCUCACUCACUAUGUACUUGGUGAAGAAGCAUACGGACACUUGCACACCCUUAUUUCUGAGCCAGUAAAACCUGGGUGGAGAGUACGUGCUGCGGCUCUAUGUAAGCAACCACAGCUCACAACUUCAGUGCAUUUUUGCAAGCAGGUUGAGUUCCCCACACAAUGCUCAAAGGGAAUGAUGCAACUCUAUUCGCCGUGUUCAAGCCAUUUAUUUUUGUAGUGUUUUUUUUGUGUUGUUUUUUGUUCUUUAACCAUUGCAAACAAAGCUAGGAAAUGAUAUUAUUCAAAUGUGUAUGUCAAUCUUACCUGGUGGGGGGAAAGAUUUGGGGGUCGUCACAUGUACAGUUAUGGACGUGAUAGACGACAAAAUGAACCACUGCUAUUAUUGAGGAGCUGUACAGACUUAAAUCCACCUCAACUCAUCUGCGGGCAACUCGCAGUUUGAUCUCGGACACUCUCACUGUUGUUGUGGAAAACCUCAAGUCGUAAAUGUUUCCCACUGGUCUGUGUUUCCACCAUUUCAAGUGACGUGCAAUAUAAGCCACAGACUCUACCGUCCAAGGACCCUACUAUGAUCUCUCACAGGAAGAGAGGAGACUGUAAGGAAUGAGUGAGCUGCAAAAACGCUAUCUACCCCACAUCCCCUGCCCCCCAACCCUAAAACUGCCACUACUACCUUUCAUCUCCCGCCCAAGAGUGUGUUUUGCUCAGGAGAGGAGCAAGCUGGUCUUCAACCACCUUCUGUCCAAGAUACAAGGACGUACCCACAAAGCACUUGUUCAGCCAGCCUACUCUCCACACUUAUGCCAGUGACUAGUUUUGAGGGAGAGGGAGGGACAGGUGUGUGUGUGUGUGUGUGUGUUUCUGUGUGUGUGUUUCUGUGUAUGUGUUUCUGUGUAUGUGUGUGCUUGGGGAGAAGGCAUCAAACCAAAAUGAGGAGCCUGUUUUCCUUUUUCCCCAGAUGACCUUUUUUUUUCUUCUUUUUGCCCAAAUUUGCGUUGGUAGAAAGGUUUGAAGGAAAGAUUUUUUGAAUAGGUGGUCUAUCAUAGCACUUAGCAGGAGCGUCGCAGCUCGUUAUACCCUUAAUGCCAACGACUAGAACAAAAGUGAAGCAACACUGGCAAAUAAAAACUUAAAAAACAAAGACUAAAAAGCAAUCUGCUUAGUGGCUUCUCUAUUUACUUAUUUUUUUAACUUGAAGAUUUUAGUUUUUUCUUUCAGUCCUUCUUCCUUCAAGUCGGUGGGACCAGGAAGGAUGUCAAACAUGGUAGCAAAGUGAAGGGAAAUACAAAGAAAGAACUAACUCAACUGAUGAUGGGUGCGGCACCUUAAAGCACUCACCAUCUUUAACAAAGUAAAUAUCACUGUUACAUUGCAUACUUUGAAAUCUUUAGCCUUGGUCUCUGGAAACACUCAACGUGUUUAUGUUCUUCUGGAUCGAGUAGACAGGAUCGCCAUCUUCUUUGUCCUUUUUUGUCUUCUUUCUAUUGGAGGUCCUGCCAACCUGUGUGAUGAUGUGGCCACCGAGUGCCUGCCUGCUGCAGAAUGCUCUGCAGCAGCCCUCACCCCACCCUCCCCUCCGCUCGCUGCCUCCCUGCGGAUCCCUACAGACUGGCUUCCCUCCUCUUCCACCCCUGGCCCCCAGGCCAAGAGCAGCUCUUUCAGAACUGGCCCCCCUGUAUUAAAUUUACUACUACUGCUGCGCCAGAAUCUGUCCUCAUCAACCUCCAACUCUUUCUCUCCUGCAAGGAUCACUUUAGCCAGAGAUGGGGGCGUUUGAGAGAUAUAUAUAUAUAUAUAUAUAUAUUUUUUUUUUCUGCCCUUGGUUUCACUUUUGGAAUUGCCAGUGUGCAUUUUUAUUUGAUUGUUGUCAUGAAGUUUGCUGAUAUUGUUGCUGUUAUCAUUGAUGAUAUAGAUAAUCAUUGUUUUUGAAGAUGAUUCCAUGGCUUUUUCAUUAUUGGUCUUUAUGCAGUGUUUAGCUUCUCUCCUGCCCCUCCCACUGCCUCUGAGGCACAAGCAGUGUGUAGUGUAGAGGUACGCCUCAGCUGGCAGCAAGGCCAUACGAAACACUGCAGAUGUCAGUAGAAGAGCCUGGGGGGGGGGGGGGUUCUUCUUGUUGCUUGCUUCUUGGAGUCUGACAGAAGAGUCAAAUCAAGUGGAAAAGGUUGUGUAGUCAAAGGUUCUCCAGGAUAGUGAGCCAACUUCCUCUGUCCAUCCUGGAGCACCUCCACUCUAUGUUGUCUCAUAACACACACAUCCUUUAGUGUUGAUGGGCCUCACUCACACUGGUGCUUUAUGUUUAACUCUGGGAGCACUCAGUUACACUUAGAACCACCUCAACUGAUAACAGCCUUCCAUUUCUAUGCAAAGACAAGGAUGUGUUCGUUCACAGCCAUCUAGAAAAUCACAGCCAUUCCCUCACCCACAUCUGCCAAUCUUCACUUUUUUCUCAACCUUUACUACCAGGCAGCUUCCCUUGAAAAAACCCUGGAUAAAUUGUAAGGGACACUGAAAGAGCCUCUUCAACGGUUUAGUCUCCCACUGUGUGGACAGAGCUACUAGAAAACACUAAAUGACCUGCUGGAGGCACUAGUGGUUGGCAAACAGUAACUUCUUCAGGCUUGUGCCAACUGAACACGUUAGUGUGAUGAUACUUAGGUUUUUAUUUUUUUUUAUUGCUACAGGUGCGUACACCACAACCUCCAGUUGUAGGAGGCUUGAGGAGUAGAAGGGCAGGACAGAUGAAGGGUGCUGGUCUUUCACCAACAGUGGACUGUAAAUUUAGUGGAGAACCUGGCUGUGGAAAUGGGGGGUGGGAGUUGUUGGUGUUUAUGGGUCACAUCGGGUACAUCUCUUUUAAACCAAAAACAUAUUUUUCUUUAUCAUCAAGUUUUUUUUGUGCAAAAACUAGAAACUACAACAAAAAAAGUCUGUUUAGCUGUGCACUCCAAGGCUGAGAUGCCUGUCUUCUGUUUCUCUUCAACUGCCGCCUUCUCACCCCGUCUGGGCUCGCUCUCCGGGUCACAUGUGGGGAAGCUGUAUCCAGGUGGUUCAUUUUGGACCUCCAACAUAAGGCCACGCCAGCAUAAAUACAACAGUUAAUUUCUGCUUAUCUGGCUUUGAGGUCAGGGUCCAAGCAGUUCCCCGACUUUAUCUGCAGUAAAUAGAGACGCACCUCAAGUUUGGUACAAAGUCUUAAAACGUAAGGGAUUUGCCCUCUUCCAGAGUCGCUUUAGACUCACAUCAUUCAACAAAACAAUCACUAUUGCCUGUGUUGUCUGUUUGUGUGUUUGUUCCUGAAAACCUGCAUUUACUCCACACUGGACUUUAAUCCAGCAACUGGCGUUAGAAGUGGGGAGUCGAAAAGAGUGGGAGGAUGGGUUACUGGGACGGAGGUCGAGUCUCAGAUGUGCCCUGGAUCUUUUUUUUUUUUUGCCGCAGCACCAGCACUGAGAGCCCCGCCCCCUCCCAAACCCCUCGUCUGCACUCUUAGCUACCUGUCUAGUGUUGGAAAUCAGACGCUCUCCCUUUUUCAAAGGCAACUGGAGCUCGAGCAAAAUAUGCUUCUCAAUCAUGGAUCAGACAAGGGUCUGGGGCAGGGGCCCCAAAAAGAGUUGGGUUGAAUAUGCACAUGCUAGUUCAUAUACAGUAUACAACCAAUAGUACAUAAUGGUUGUAUGUGUGUUUAUGGCUAGAUCUCUCUGUUUUCCAGCCUAAGCCCCCUCUAACCCCACCCUGGCUUUGGCCCUGUGUAUCCUCAACAUAUUUCCCAGAAGGCAAGAUCAUAAACAUAUCAGAGUAAUACAAAAUAAUGAAAACAAAUACUUGAAUCAAAAGAAGCGCCAAUAAUGUAAUGUGAACACUUUUUGUAGUGGUUUUUUGUCUCAUUCAUACACUUCAGAGAUUUUUGAUAGCAUCGGUUCAGAGUGAAUUAAAUUUGAAAUACGAGUGUUGUUGAAAACAAAGAUUGAUAUAAAGGUAAAUUUACAUCUGUUGUAUUUGAGUGUUUGCACAAGGCUGCUUGUACUGUAUGUUGUGUGAAUGAAUGUUUAGUGUGUAAGGUGAACAUAUGAACGAGAGCUCGUGAUUACAGCGGGGAAAAAUCCGCCUUGUUUCUUUUAAAUUUAGUAUACUUUUGUUUAUCUGUUUUUCUGUUUUGCUUGUCAAAAAUAUAUUCUGAUGUUAAUUGUUACUAGCCUCUAGCGUUGCACUGAGUGUCGGCCUCCCCCCUCAUCCAGCUAAAAAAACAACAUGAUACAAGUACUGAGGGGAGACGGGGACAGUUCAUGUGUAAAUGUUUACUCAAGGACUAAAAUAAGUGUGUUUUUAAAAUGUAAUGUUUAUCUACCUUAGUGGCUUCUAUUGUGGAAUAAUCCAAGAAAGUAUGGAUCAUAAUUGAGUAUUGCACCAUUUUUUCGGACUAUAAACCUGUGGGGGAAAGAAAACUGAAGAAAAAAAAAAUCACAUAUGUAUAAAACAAAUGCCGCAAAAAAAGUAUUUUGCAGACCUGUGGCCAUAGAUUGGGCUAGAAGGACUUCAGUUCUCCAAAAUUUGAGCAACGGAGAGAGUGAAGGACGAGACUUCAGACUGAGCCUUGGCUUCUACGGCUCACUUCAGAGGUGCCUACCUUUUUGGUUUGUUAGCUUUCGUUCUGUUUUCACUUAUGUUCCAUUCACUCAUGUUAUCAUUUGUUUUCCUGCAAGGCCACUGAUGGUUUACAAACACUUAGUUUUUUUUCUGGAGUUCAAAACUAAAUCAGCAACGCAAAGGAAUCAAACUUUGGGAAUGUUGGGG